AUGAUUGAUGGUUAUUGGCAAUGUCGUGUCUCACCAGAGAGUUCAAAGUACCUCAACUUCAGCGAUGGUCGUCGUAUGUGGUCCUGGGUUGUACUACCGCAAGGUCUCUCCUCGUCUCCUAGCGUAUUCAAUCAAGCGAUCGCAGCCAUCUUACAAGAAGACAAUGACAACUCACAGUUCAACUACUUUGACAACAU